AUGCCCGCCCAAAAGACUUCCUCCUACCUCGCCGACCUCGAGCGCGACGGCUUCGUCGUCGUCAAGUCCAUCGUAUCCCCCGAGAAGCUGCAACGUCUUCGCGCCGCGGCGACCAAGGUCGAGGCGCUCGCCCGCCGCGGCGAGUGGCCGCACAUCCGGACCGUCGGCAAGCAGUUCCCGCCGUGGCAGUGGGAGCCGGAAAAGGGCAUCUGGGGCGUGCAGCACCUGAUGAACCCGGGCCUACCCGGCCACGACAUCUUCACCGAGCUGUACUUUUCCGACGAGGUGCUGGACAUUGUCAAGGCGCUGCUGCAGUGCGACGACGACGAGCUCGUCAUGGAGCUCUUCAACAUGCUCGUGCGCCCCGACGGCGACUUUGAGCUGCGCUGGCACCGCGACGACAUUUCCGCCGAGGCCUCGCCCGCAGAGGAGAUGGAGCGCCUCGCCCGCCCCGGCUUCCACGCCCAGUACAACUUUGCCCUCUGGGAGGACGAGUCGCUCGUGCUCGUGCCCGGCUCGCACGCCCGCGCCCGCACCGACGCCGAGCGCGCCGCGGGGCCCUUUGAGCCCGCCCUGCCCGACCAGCUCGUCGUCAGGCUCGAGGCUGGCGACAUUGCCUUUUACAACAAUAACAUCCUCCACCGCGGCGUGUACGAUGCGAAAAAGGACCGCGUCACCCUGCACGGCUCCGUCGGACACGUCGGCGGCAACGCCCUCCGCGCCCGCAACGUCCUCCAGCACGGCAUCGGCAAAUGGGUCGACAAGGUCGACUUUUCACAGCUCAGCCCCCAGGAGCGCAAGCGCGCCGAGGCUAUGCGUGCACGCCUCGUCAAGAUGGGCUCUGAUGCUGGCGAUGUCGGCUACUCGCUGCAGGGUUAA